GCUGCUUCUUCCGGAUUUGAAGGGGAAAAACCUUAGUUUGUGAUUUUUCACUGUACAGGUGAAGUAAUGGGGGGCAGGAAGAACAAGAGGAAGAGAGCGGAGCGACCCACCAUCCAUCCAAACAACAAAUACUCCGACAACCCACCCGACUUUGCUCUCUUGGCUUCUCUAUAUCCUUCUUUCAAUUCCUUCGUCUCAUACUCUCGCGACGGUCGACCCAAAAUCGACUGGACUAACUUCAACGCCACCCGAGAGCUCACCCGCGUCCUCCUUCUCCACGAUCAUGGUCUUAAUUGGUGGAUACCUGAUGGACAGCUCUGUCCUACAGUACCUAACAGAUCAAAUUACAUUCAUUGGAUUGAAGAUCUUCUCUCCUCUGACGUUAUUCUGAAGACCAAUGCUGAUGGAGAUAAUGUGAAGGGUUUUGAUAUAGGGACCGGAGCCAAUUGCAUUUACCCACUGCUUGGAGCAUCUCUGCUGGGGUGGAGUUUUGUUGGGACAGAUGCAACUGAGGUAGCAUUAGAAUGGGCGAAGAAAAAUGUUAAAAAUAAUCCACAGAUAUCAGAGCUAAUUGAAAUUAGGGAAGUUCUGACUAGUCAAGACUCCAAUUCUCUCAAAGAAUCACAUAAUGGCGAGUCAGGCUCUGGUGAAAGCCAAACCGAUUUAUGCUGGACUGUUGGUAAGGAAGGGGAGCCAUUGCCAUCUUAUCCAUUUGAUUUGUCCAGCAGUGCAGAUAAGAGUUAUUAUGGACCACCUGUACUUCUUGGUGUUGUCAAAGAUGGCGAAAAGUUCGACUUCUGCAUGUGUAAUCCUCCAUUUUUUGAAACACUAGAGGCAGCAGGACUAAAUCCAAAAACUUCUUGUGGCGGGACGCCAGAUGAGAUGGUUUGUCCCGGUGGAGAAAAGGCUUUUAUCACCCGUAUUAUUGAAGAUAGUGUCUUGUUGCAGCAGUCGUUUCGGUGGUACACUUCAAUGGUAGGAAGGAAAUCAAACCUUAAAUUUCUCAUAUCAAAGCUUCGGCAAGUCGGAGUCAGCAUAGUAAAGACAACUGAAUUUGUCCAAGGCCAUACAUGUAGAUGGGGGCUCGCUUGGUCUUUUGUACCUCCUGCUAGGAAGAUAAUAUCACCUUGUGUUGCUCAGAGGAAUAACCUGUCUUUCAUUCUUGAGGGUAUUCAACGCCAAUUCAGCGCGGUAGAUGUGUUGCAAUCAAUUGAAUCCUUCUUUUGCAGUAGUGGUGCAUCCUGUAAAUUGAAUACAUCCUCAUUUACGGUUGAUGUGACUGCUUCUGUUGAACACUGUGACGUGAUCCUGAAUAAUGAGGCUAGUGAAGCCAGCAACGGUGAACAUGUGCUGGAGAUGUCUUACCAUUCAUCGCAUUCUCUCCCUGCCUUGAGUAACUCGAGUUUCCGCAUAUCAGUUUAUCAGCAAAUUGCUGGCACCCUUCUAGUGAAAGGAUCACUACAACAUAGAGAUAGCCCAAUUGCAGGAGCAUUCUCAUCAGUAAUCCAACAACUCGAGGAAGUUCUAAAGCACCAAUUUUGUAGAGAAAAAGGAACAUAGAUUACGCAUCACCAGGACCAGCUGUGGAUUGUGGCUGCUGAUGAGAAUUAAACAUUGGACAUGAGACAGGAAUUGAUUAAAUGAGAAGAACUUAGGUACCUGAAGUUGGUACUGGAGUAGACUGGAAGUUUCGGAGAUGUCCAAUGUGGUGGCCAUGAAAACAUCUUGUAAGGUAGUGGAAAAUCCGAGGCUCCAACGAAAAUCCUUGUGGUCACUUGAAUUAAGCUGGAAAAUGGGGAUGCCUCCUUUUUCAAUCAAUCUAGCUAUGAUAUGCACUGUGUAAGAAGUGGAUGAGAGCAUGGCUUAAGAUUCAAAUGCCUCCUGUUCCUUGCCCCAUUGGGCCAUAGGCCCAAUCAAAUCUGCUUGGAUUUUGGGCUCAGUCCAUCGGUCAGGCUGCUUGGCCCUAAUAAGUCAAGUGGUGUUGUAAUGAGUCAAACUUUGACAGAAAAAGAAAAUUUUAAGGGCGAAGUCAUAUGAAUGUUUGGCUGACAC